AUUUCUUCCACCGAACGUGCCCAAAGACAGGCAGCUCGAUUUGUUACUAAUGAGAGAGAAGCGAGUGUUACCAAACUUCUGAAUUCACUGGGGUGGAACCUUCUCCAAGACAGACGUGAAGCUCACCGUUUGGCCUGUUUUUACAAAAUGUUAAAUGAUCAGCUCGACAUAGAUUACAAAACCUACACCAAACCCAAACCAAUUCCACCUACAAAGACAGAUGUGUACAGCAAUUCGUUCUUCCCCCGCACAAUUAAAGCAUGGAAUAAUCUUCACCCUACCAUAGUUACCCAACCAGAUACAACUAAAUUUAAAGUAGCUCUUUCUUCCCAAAAACCCUUUCCGGCUUAAGUCUUCCCUCCACCACAUCCAGUUUAAAUUCCAUUUGGAAUAUCUUGGAGGACCAAGAAACAAGAAAAGGUGACAGUGAUGAUACUCAGCAUGUCAGGCAGCUGGUAGCAAAGAGGAUGGUGCAAGUGGACAGACAUCGGCAAGAUCUUAAAUGAGUAUUUGCCAUCUGUGUCCACCACGCAAACGGUCAAAGGCAGUGGCGGACUGGCCAGGGUGUCAGCUUGCCCGAUGGCAAGUGGGCCCCCUUUGUCUCCUGGCAACCAAUAUUUUUAGACCCAGUCCGCCACUGGUCAAAGGUAAAUGUAGUUGGAGACUUCAGGAGGAAGAACAGACAAUAGACAACUGAAGUGGAUUAUUUCUAGAGUUCAUGUUUAUUAUUUGAUAGGUUGUCAUGGUGAAAGACUGAACACUUGGAGAGAGGGAAAGAGUCAACUAAACACCACCCUGGAGCAGCUAGGAACAACGGCAGGUUAUCCCAGGAUGGCCAGGGUCACCCACUCCUUCUCUCCACAGAUGCUGCCCGUCCCGCUGAGUUACUCCAGCUUUUUGUGUCUAUCUUCAAGAUGUUUUUGUAAAGUUGUCGCAGUAAAAGCAGAUGGAAGGACCGACUUGGUUAAGAUGAUUCAGUUGCAGAUGGUGAUUAAAAUCCAGAGCAUAAAUGGUGGUUUUUCAAUGCUCAAGAGUGUUGUGCCCUUGAUUGCUAAAGAUCGAAAACCAAGCAAAGUUCAUGUGCUCAGAGCUGCUUCAGAAUACAUUCGCCUGCUACAUAUCAUUUUGGAGGAGUCCGGAGGUACUGAAAUUGCAGACAAUAACAAUAAUUCACUACUUCCUAACUUGGGGGAGUCACAGUUGUUGGUGAACAAUGUACCAUCAGGAAGCAACCUUGCUAUGCAUCUGCCCCACCAACAAGAGGACCAGGUGCAAAGUCACCUCCAGCCCUUGGUUUAUGAAGAUACACACGAUGUUUGGGAUAAUGGAGUCAUGCCCUUUCUUGGAAUUGUCCAACUACAUGAUGACAGCUUGAUAUUCCAAGCAAAUGAAGGAUCUGGUUCUAAUGUAGCAAUCAGAUUAAGUCUGGACUAGCACAAGAUCCUAAAACAACUGAUAUGAAUGGUGGAAAAUAUCUGGAUUAAAUGAAUAAAUUGCAAGUGACUUAACUGUAAAUGUUAGUUGUGCAACAUUAAAAUAAAUAAUUCAUUCAUUUUGUAGUACAUGCA